AUGUCCUCCUCGCCCUGCCCCCUCCCUGGCCCGGACGCCUCCAGAGCGCUCUUCCCGGAUAUCGCCCCCGUCCCGUCCGUCGUGGCUGCCUACCCGCUAGGCUUGUCCCCCGCAACCGCAGGCGCCUCGGAUUUCCCCUGCUCUGGGCCGUACGGCCACCUCCUGCCCUGCCCCUACCCCGCCGGACCCACGGCGCCCGCAGACGCCUACCCGCCCUGCCAGCACCCCGCGGCGCCCGCCCCGCCCCCUCCGCAGGCGCGGGAGGCAGAGUCCGGGAAACCGCCGCCGGCCCCGGAGUCCUCGGAGCGGCUCCCUCGAGCCCCGACCAAAAGGCUGCGCAAGCCCAGGACCAUCUACUCGAGCCUGCAGCUGCAGCACCUGAACCAGCGCUUCCAGCACACGCAGUACCUGGCGCUGCCCGAGAGGGCCCAGCUGGCGGCACAGCUCGGCCUCACCCAGACCCAGGUAAAGAUCUGGUUUCAGAACAAACGUUCCAAAUACAAGAAGCUCCUGAAACAGAGCUCUGGGGGACAGGAAGGGGACUUGUUUGGGAGGCCUUCCUCCCUGUCUCCCUGCUCCCCACCCCUGCCAUCCCUCUGGGAUCUCCCCAAGGCAGGGGCCCUGCCUGCUGGGAGCUAUGGCAACAGCUUUGGAGCCUGGUAUCAGCACCACUGCCCGGAUGUUCUGGCUCCACCCCAUAUGAUGUGA